AUGGCCAGCAUUAGAAGCAAUGUUAUGCAAUUUUUGAUGCUGGCAAUUUUGGUUAUAGCAAUGGUAAAUAUUGGCGAAGCGAUUCAAGUGUGUAACGUAGAUCACUUUGAUCUGCUGAGUCACUGCCACCCCGUCGCCACCGUAACGCCGGCUCCGACGCCGACUAAGGAAUGCUGUGAUGUUGUUCAACGUACUGAUCUGCCUUGUUUAUGCAAAUACAAGGAUAUGUUACCUAUUUUUGGAGUUGAAUAUUCUCGUGCCUAUGAAGUUCCUAGCAAAUGUGGUAUAACUCCACCAAUUUGUCCUGAAUAA